ACGUCGCUCCGGAGGUACGUCUACGCGCGGGUCCACGCCUUCCCGGCGCGCCGCCGGGUCUCCGCGGUUGCUAGGCGGCCGUGGAUACCUGGCCGAUGGAUGCUGGGCGGAGCCAGGGGAAGAUGGUGGUCACUGGGCCUCAGGUAGCCAUGGAGAAAGAGCUUAGGAGCACCAUUCUUUUCAAUGCAUACAAAAAAGAGGUGUUUACUACCAACAAUGGCUAUAAAUCCAUGCAGAAAAGACUUCGGAGUAAUUGGAAGAUCCAGAGCCUAAAAGAUGAAAUCACAUCCGAGAAGCUAAUUGGGGUGAAACUGUGGAUUACAGCUGGGCCAAGGGAAAAAUUUACUGCAGCUGAGUUUGAAGUCCUGAAGAAAUACCUUGAAGGUGGUGGAGAUAUCUUUGUGAUGCUAGGAGAGGGGGGGGAAUCCAGAUUUGACACCAAUAUUAACUUUCUUCUAGAAGAAUAUGGAAUCAUGGUUAAUAAUGAUGCUGUGGUUAGAAAUGUAUAUUAUAAAUAUUUCCAUCCUAAAGAAGCUCUAGUUUCCAAUGGAGUCUUGAACAGGGAAAUUAGCCGAGCUGCUGGGAAGGCUGUGCCUGGAAUCAUCGAUGAGGAGGGCAGUGGAAACAAUACCCAGGCCCUCACCUUUGUCUACCCUUUUGGCGCCACACUGAAUGUCAUGAAACCAGCAGUGGCUGUCCUGUCCACAGGCUCUGUGUGUUUCCCACUUAACAGACCCAUUUUGGCUUUCUAUCAUUCAAAGAACCAAGGUGGGAAGCUGGCAGUGCUUGGCUCCUGUCACAUGUUCAGUGACCAAUAUUUGGAUAAAGAAGAAAAUAGCAAAAUCAUGGACGUUGUUUUCCAGUGGCUCACAACAGGAGACAUCCACCUAAACCAGAUUGAUGCUGAGGACCCAGAGAUUUCUGACUACAUGAUGUUGCCCGACACAGCCGCCCUGUCAGAACAGCUUCGAGUGUGUCUCCAGGAGGGCGACGAGAACCCACGAGACUUUACCACCCUCUUCGACUUGUCCAUUUACCAGCUGGAUACCACCUCCCUCCCCAAGGUCAUCAAGGCUCAUGAACAGCUCAACGUGAAACAUGAACCUCUCCAGCUCAUCCAGCCUCAGUUUGAGACCCCGCUGCCAUCCCUUCAGCCAGCAGUUUUCCCUCCCAGUUUCAGGGAAUUACCACCUCCUCCGCUGGAACUGUUUGACUUAGAUGAGACUUUCUCUUCUGAGAAGGCUCGGCUUGCUCAGAUUACCAAUAAGUGUACUGAAGAAGACCUGGAAUUCUACGUCAGGAAGUGUGGUGACAUUCUUGGAGUAACCAAUAAAUUACCAAAGGACCAACAAGAUGCCAAACAUAUCCUUGAGCACAUCUUCUUUCAAGUGGUGGAGUUCAAGAAAUUGAACCAGGAGCAUGACAUUGAUACAAGUGAAGCACCAUUCCAGAACAAUUUCUGAAGAUUACACCUGGAAGCAUUUUCUCCUCCUGAUUCUCUCUUUGUAAACUAUUUUUGAAUUAUUCCUUAUCCAUACUGUCUAGACACUCUUUCUUGUAUGAAUGAGCUGUGGGAGGUCUGUGCACCUUCUGUAAUGCCCAGGUAGUGAUGGCAUUUCUAACUCACAGAUCCUUAUGUAGAUAUGUUCAGUUUUUUAAAUUAAAUCUAGUUAAAUCUGUACUUUUAUA